GUUCAAUUAUGGAUACUAGAUGACCAUUGCAAAGUGGUGAUUUUGUGCCUAGUUAACCAUUCUCUUCUCAGUAGCUUUUCAGAAAUAAGUCAAAAGGAUUGAGUUCACUUAUGAUCACUUUUCUGCUAGCCAACAACCUCACACAAAAGGAAAGACAAGGAACGGAGACUUCACCAUUUUGAAUAAAGGUGUUCUGGGGUGAAUCAGUAGCGACAGGGCGCUGAGUCUCAAUCCUCCUCCGUGGGACUGAUCUCCUCAUGAUUAAAGGUAGACUGCUGGUCGGACAGAUGUCUUCAGUCGUAGCCCCAGCCACGUCGGCCAACACCAUGGGACCCAAGGAGGUGGAGCUGAUCCUGGUCAAGGAGCAGAACGGAGUCCAGUUCACCAACUCCACCCUGGUCAGCCCCGCGCAGAUUCACCCUGCCGAGGAGGAACGCGAGACCUGGGGAAAGAAGAUCGACUUCCUCCUCUCUGUCAUCGGGUUCGCCGUAGACUUGGCCAAUGUCUGGAGGUUCCCUUAUCUGUGCUACAAGAACGGGGGAGGAGCCUUCCUUGUACCCUACCUCUUCUUCAUGGUGAUAGCUGGGAUGCCACUCUUUUACAUGGAGCUAGCAUUAGGACAGUAUAAUCGGGAAGGAGCAGCUGGGGUGUGGAAAAUCUGCCCAAUUUUUAAAGGCGUGGGGUUUACAGUGAUCCUCAUAUCCCUCUACGUUGGGUUCUACUACAACGUUAUCAUUGCAUGGGCUCUCUUCUACCUGUUCUCUUCCUUCACUGGAGAGCUGCCCUGGGUCCACUGCAACAACAGCUGGAACAGUCCCAACUGCUCUGAGCUGUGGGCUGUCAACACCACUUUGAACCACACCCACAAAUUCACCCCAGCAGCUGAAUACUUUGAACGAGGAGUGCUCCACCUUCAGGACAGUGAGGGUAUUGAUGAUCUGGGACUGCCACGCUGGCAGCUUACUUCCUGUCUGGCAGUGGUCAUUGUGGUGCUGUACUUCAGCCUCUGGAAGGGGGUCAAGACCUCAGGAAAGGUUGUGUGGAUCACUGCUACCAUGCCCUACGUGGUCCUGACCGUGCUGCUCAUUCGUGGUGUCACCCUUCCGGGGGCCAUGGAUGGCAUUAAAGCUUACCUCAGCGUUGAUUUCCUGAGACUGUGCGAGCCCAAGGUCUGGAUAGACGCUGCCACUCAGAUCUGUUUCUCUUUGGGAGUUGGGUUUGGUGUGCUAAUAGCGUUUUCAAGCUAUAACAAAUUCAGCAACAACUGCUAUAGGGACGCCAUCAUCACCAGCUCCAUCAAUUCCCUUACAAGCUUCUUUUCUGGAUUUGUCAUCUUUUCCUUUCUGGGAAACAUGUCCCAGAAGCACAAUGUGGCCUUAGAUGAAGUUGCCACCAAUGGACCCGGACUUGUGUUCAUCAUAUAUCCAGAAGCUAUUGCUACCCUACCUGGAUCCUCUGUUUGGGCAGUCAUCUUUUUCAUUAUGUUACUGACAUUAGGCAUUGACAGUGCUAUGGGUGGGAUGGAAUCCGUGAUUACAGGGCUGAUGGAUGAGUUCAAGUGUCUGCACAAGCAUCGAGAACUUUUCACUCUCUUCAUUGUUGUGUCCACCUUCCUUGUAUCACUCAUCUGCGUGACCAAUGGUGGAAUUUACGUGUUCACUCUGCUGGACCACUAUGUGGCCGGGACAUCGAUCCUGUUUGGAGUGCUUAUUGAGAUCAUCGGCAUUGCCUGGUUUUACGGGGUGGACCGAUUCAGUGAUGACAUCCAGGAAAUGAUUGGGCACAGACCAGGGUUGUAUUGGAGGAUCUGUUGGAAGUUUGUGAGCCCAUGUUUUCUUCUGUUUAUGCUGGGCGUCAGCUUUGCAACAUCUAACCCCCCUGGUUAUGAUACGUAUGUAUUUCCAAUGUGGGCCAACAUACUUGGCUGGUGUUUAGCCCUAUCAUCCAUGACAAUGGUUCCCCUCUAUGCCCUAUACAAGCUCUGCACCCUACGCGGAAGCUUUUGUGAUAAACUUGCUUAUGCUAUCACGCCGGAGGCAGAGCAUCACUUAGUGGAAAGUGGUGAGGUUCGGCGAUUUACGCGCAAGCACUGGCUAGUCAUCUGAACUCGGAAGGCUAGAGGGGUGUCCAUCUCUCAAGCUUAAAAUGAGGAGGCACAGCAAGCUCUCUAUACUGUGAGUUCACAAGAGUGGAAUCUGUAAGUGCCAACAAGGGCAUAAAAAAAGAAAACUUUAUUGAUGUCUUCUCUGUAAUUGGAACUGUGGCUGUGCAGUGACUUUGAUCACAAUGUUGUUGGCUAAUGUCAAUAUCAAUCUUGAUUCUAUAUUCAAUGACUGUUAUGAUGGGUAGUGUUGUGACCCAGUAUUUUAUUAUAACCUGAGCCUAAAGGUCCUGAUUGAUGCACAAUGUUAAAGAUCUUCAUGAAACAUUAAACAUCAAUACACAUUUAUUCCUCACUGGUGUUAGGUGUACGCUAUAACAAGUUAGCAAAAAAAAAAAAAGAGGCAGCUUCAUAAAUUGUUUCGUGGUUUGUGUAUAAAAACGUAAACAAUCACAAUUUCAAGAUUAAUAAUUUUAAUAAUGCAGUACAUUCAUAUUAUGUUUUUACAACAGCAGUGCUAUUUUGUACAAUGGUUUACAGUGUACUGUCUAAACACAUUAUUCUGAAUCUUCCUCAGCAGCAGUUUUGCUCAUUCAGCAAUCAUCUUGCCCACUACAGUGAUUCAGUACCAUAUGCCCUCCAUUACAGUUCUGCAUUUCAUUGCAUCAUAUUAGAUGUGUUUGUGUGCUACAUUUAGAUUUGUUGUGUUUUAUUUUACUUUUCCUUUUUGUUUUUAAUUCCAUGCUGCCAUUAUUAAAACUACAGAAUAUGGAGUACCAUAUUUCUUAGGUUUAAUGUUAAAAUUGUAACCUCUUGAUAUUAUCGUUUCUUUUCCAGUAAUAGACUGGUGCAGGCAAGCCUGGUCUAGGCCAGUGACCCUGUGAGUUGACACAGCCUGUUAUGGUUGUGUUCCUAUUAGUUUUUCAGAGCAUGGUCAUUGCUGAUUAGAAAGUCAAAGAGGACACAGAGAAUGGACAGAGAGAUUCAGUGCUGCUUUUUGUUGUUCAGUUUUAUUUAUUUAUUUAUUAUUUACAUUUUUAUUUCUUUAUUUAUUUUGAGGUGUCCCAGAAUUUAAAAUCCCGUUUCCAUCAUAAAAUUGUUCUUAGUUAAGGAAAAGGUUGACAGUCAUGCACUCUCUUUCUCCCCCUCCUUCUCUUUGUUCUUUUCACAUUGACAGUCUUUGACUUUGCAACGCAAUUGUAUUGCCAUGACGAUAUUGCG